UAUUCGUAUACCCGCUAUGUCUCGGGCAGUGACUCUCAUCUCCCUGUCCCUGGGCGGUGCAGGCUGCUACGGCUGGAUCAGCACAAGAGCAAAAGACCAUUACCUUCUGCCGUUGCUCCGUACCCUGGAGUGCAACUUCGUUGCUCUGCUAGACUCGAUCAUCUCACUCUCCCUGGGCCAAUACCCUACAUUCACCGUUCAAAUCCCAAGUUUACAAUUACACCGUAGGGUUUUCCCCUGGUGGUAUGUGUUGAUCAAUGUUAUUACAAAACACUGGAACUAACUAAAGCCGGAUUGAUAAUUCGAACCAUUCGUUUCAUAGUCUUUCACUUUUGGUGCGAAGAUGCAAGGGUUUGCUGCAGCAGGUGGACCGACUGAUUUGGCCCAGCUUCAGUCUACCAUGCAAGCUAUCGAAAUAGCUUGCUCUUCCAUUCAGAUGCAUAUCAAUCCAGCAACAGCUGAGGCUACUAUAUUGUCGCUACUCCAGUCACCUCAGCCAUAUAAAACUUGCCAAUUCAUUCUCGAAAAUUCCCUCGUAGCAAAUGCAAGGUUCCAAGCAGCUGCAGCUAUCCGUGAGGCAGCUAUUAGAGAAUGGGGUUUUCUUACUUCUGAUGAUAAGAGAGGCUUGAUUAGUUUUUGUAUAUGCUAUGUCAUGCAGCAUGCCAGCUCUCCUGAUGGCUUUGUCCAGUCAAAGGUUUCUUCUGUGGCUGCUCAACUGAUGAAAAGGGGUUGGCUUGAUUUUACGACUGCAGAGAAAGAGACAUUCUUUUAUCAGGUGGCUAAGCAACCCUUUAGUCAAAACAUUAGUUGCUUGCAACUUUGUAGGUACCUUCACUUUGUCAAGAUUGAUAACAAAAGCCUGAUAUUAAGAAGAGAGUGCGUUGUGUGAAGCAAACCUUUCUAUCGGAUGGAAAGUACAUGAGCGAGGUUGCUUCCUCAAAGCAAUAAGUAGAUCAAGAUUAGCAUAUUCACUUACUUGUUUUGUACUAUCGAGCUUUGAGGUUUCAGAAGUUACCCCAAAUUCUAAGUCACUAUGUGUUUCUACUUCAGGAGCUACCUCUAAUACUGACUCUCUUAGUGCUUUAGGUACAAGCUUCUUACCAUCUUUUGAUUUCUUUUUUCGAGUGUAGACUGAAAAUUCUCCCUUUUUUGGUCUUUUACACCUCCUCUUGUUUGCUCGUGUUCCUCAGAUUGUGACAUAAGAGGAGAUGGUGUUGGAAGGGUAGAUGAAGGUGAUGGCUUAGGUUCAAUAGGUGCAAACCAUAGCUCAAGAAGCACUAGUUCUCUGUUAGAUUCUUGUUUCCAAGUCUGAAAUUCACUCGUGCUCUCCCCUUGAAUUGAAGAAUUGGGAUAAAAGAGAGUAGCUUCAUAAAAGGUGACAUUAAGGUUGACAAAUGUGUGUUUUGUGACAAGGUCAAAGCAUUUGUAUUGUUUUUGAGUUGGAGAAUAGACAAGGAAUAUGCAUUUUAUGGCUCAAGAUCCAAGCUUGGUGCUUUGGUGGUUAUGGACAAAAAUUGUGCAACCAAACACACGAAGUGGAAGGUUGGUUUCAAUAUAGGAUGUGGAGAAAAUGCUUCACAAUUUGCAGAGAGGAGUUCUAAAGGAUAAGAUUUGACUGGGCAUAUGAUUGAUGAGGUAGGUUGCGGUCAAAAUGGCAUCCCCCUAAUAAAAGUUAGGCACAUUAUAGGUAAAUAUGAGUGCUCUGGCAACAUCAAGUAUAUGAAGAUUUUUUCUUUCUACAACCCCAUUUGAUUAGGGUGUAUGGGUACAAGAACUGGUAUGAACAAUAAUGUGUAUGUGGAGAAAAGUACUCAAAGAUUGGCUAAAGUAUUCGGUGCCAUUGUUGGUGUGUAAGACUUUGAAUGGUAUUAUUAAAUUAAGUUUUAAUCAUGUUGAAGAAACUCAUGAAUGUGGAUGCAGCCUCAUACUUGUUUUGUAAAAGAUAAACCUAACUGAUAUGAGUGUGGUCAUCAAUAAAGGAAAUGAACCAUGUGGCUUUAGUAUGAUUAGGUGUUCGUGAUGGUCCUCACAAGUCACCAUGAAUGGUUGUGCAAGGUUUGGUGGGAAUGUAUUUGGCUCUAGGAAAGGACGUUUUAUGGUGUUUGGCCAGUUCACACACCUCACAAUGAAAGUCAUUAAUAUUCAAGUUUGGACAUAACAAUUGUUGACAGUAAUGAAGAUUAGGAUGACCCAUCCUGUUAUAUCAUAAUAGAAAAUCAUUAACUUUAGAGAUAAAUGUAGAGUUACCAACAAUUGGGGAGUUACCCCCUUGAAUGGUGGCUUCAAUAUAGUAGAGCCCCUCAUACUCCUUAACACUUCCAAUUGUCGCUCCUGACGAUAGUGUUAUAAUUAGGGUAGAACAGUAUUGAUAUUUUAUUCAUAAGAAGUGUUUACAUAUAUAUAGAAGAGAUGAGAGGAAGAGAAUCUACACUCUUAUAAUUUUGGCAAAUCAAAUUAUAUGCUGAUAAGAGAUAAAAUCAGAUAUUGAUAACAGAUAGCAGAUCUUAUUUAAAUUAGGAAAAAUAGGUCUAAUUUUGAUAUUGGCCCAUGGCACCUUAGGCCUUUAUCCAACACUCCCCCUCAAGCUGGUGAAUAGAUAUUAAUCAUUCCUAGCUUGCUUCUGAGUCCUUCAAAUUUGUUUUGGGUCGAGGAUUUGGUCAUAAUAUAAGAUAGAUCUAUCCCUUUAGAUUCAAUUUUUUCUUUGAUGAAGUGUUUAUCAAUUUCCAUAUGCUUCAUGCAAUCAUGUUGAACAAGGUUGUUAGCGAUCUUUAUGGCUGGCAUAUUAUCACACCAUACCUUCAUCGAACCAUUCGGAUCAGUCUUUAAUUCCUUUAAGAGACGAAUGAUCCACAUCCCUUCACAUUCCUAAUGAUAAGGCUCAGUACUCUAAUUCUGCUGAACUUUUUUACACUACUAGUUGCUUCUUACUCCUCCAGCUCACUAAAUUUCCCUACAUAUAGGAACAAUACCUACUAGUUGAUCUUCUAUCACUCUUUGAGGCUCUCCAAUCUGUAUCAGUGAAUAAUUCAACAUUUCUGAUGAUAUUAUUUGCAAAAAAUAGUCCUUGUCUAGGAGUCUGCUUCAAGUAUCUAAGAAUCCUGUAAGCUGCUAUCAUAUGUUCCUUUUGAGGAGCACUAGAGAAUUGACUCACAACACUAACUGGAAAGCAUAUGUCAGGUCUUGUGUGAGACAAAUAAAUCAGUUUUCCCACUAACCUCUGGUAUCUUUUUUUGAUUAUUGCUGUGCCAUCUGGUUUAAUUGUCAACUUCUGAUUUAGUUACAUUGGGGUAUGUGCAGGCCUUGCUCCCAACAUCCCUAUUUCCUUUAAUAAAUCUAGAGUGUAUUUCCGUUGUGAUACACUAAUCCCCUUUUGUGUUCUUGCCGCUUCCAUUCCCAGGAAGUAUCUUAAGGGACCAAGAUCUUUAAUCUCAAAUUUUGCUACCAAAUUUCCCUUUAGUUUAGUGAUUUCUUCCACAUCAUUCCUUGUCAACACGAUGUCAUCCGCAUAAAUAAUAAGGAUUGUUAAUUUUUCUCCAUAAUGCUUGACAAACAAUGUGUCAUUUGCUUGGCAUUGUUUGUAUCCCCAAGACUUGAUAGCUUGAGAGAAUUGGUCAAACUAAGCUCUUGGAGACUGCUUUAAUCCAUAUGGCGACUUGUACAACUUGCAAACUUUAUGAGAGUUUUUAGAAUUUCUCAAACCAAGAGGAAUCUACAUGUAUACUUCCUUAUCUAGAGCACUAUUUAAAAAUGCAUUUUUAACAUCCAAUUGGUGAAGUGGCCAAUCUAGAUUAGUAGUAAGUGAUAAUAAGAUCUCAACUGAGUUGAGUUUGGCCACAGGGGAGAAGGUCUCUUGGUUGUCUAUACUGGGGGUGUUCAUGAUGCCCGAUUACCUGGUAUGCCUACCCGAACUUGGUUAUUUUUUGCCCAGCUCGGCCCAAAAAAAAAGCCUGAAAUGUUCUGUACAUUUUUGGGCUGGGCAAUGUGCGGGCAGGGCCGGGCAGCAGGCAAGUCAUGCAGCCCUGCUCGUUUAGCCAGCCCGAUUUUUGUGAUUUUUUUGUUAAUUUUUGUUAAUUUUUUUAUUAAUUUCUUGCUAACUUUUCUAUGAUUUCUUACUAAUUUUUUUUAUAUAUUAUUGUUGUUAAUUCUCUCAUAUUUUGGUUCCUAUUUUGCUUUAAAUUUUCAUGUAUGUUCUUGCAAUUUUUCUAUUUAGUUAUGACAUAUUUUUCCUCUUUCAUUCAUGCAAGUUGGGAAUUGGGAAGAGGUUUUUUGUGAAUUGGAGCCUACUUUUUGAAAUUGUUGUUUCUCAUAUGAUGCUUCAAGCUUUUGUUAUUUUGGAUUAUAGCAAUUAUUUUGGAUUGAAUUAUGGAUAAUUUGAUAUUGUGCCAAGACUUGUGGUAGUUUUAGAUUUUAAGUUAGAUGUUGAAUUAUGGAUAAUUGAAUAUUGUGGCUGUUAUCGUGGAUUUAUGGUUUAUGAUUUUAUGGAUGCUAUUUUGAGUUGAUAUAUAGGGUUAUUAUUAUUAAUUUAUGAUAGUUUUAUUUUGAAAUGGUGAGAAGAGUUGUUAUUUUAUGAGCAGGGCAAUUAUUUGAUGGGUUGGGCGGCUCAAAGCGGCCUAACUAGCCCUGCCCUGCCAAAACUAAUAGGGCAUUUUUGCGGGCAGGGCUGGGCAUCGGGCUGCAUUUUGCAGCCCAUUCAUUCUUCGGGCUGGGCAUCGGGCAAGGUCUUGCCCAGCCCAGCCCAGCCCUGCCCAUGUGCACCCCUAGUCUAUACCAUAGGUCUGAGUGAAACCCCUUCCAACUAAUCUGGCUUUAUGUUUGUUUAUACUUCUAUUAGCAUUAUAUUUCACAGUGAAAACCCACUUACUGCUAACAAUAGAUUUUCCCUUUGGCAAGUUGGUGAUCUUCCAAGUUUCAUUCCUGUAAAGUGCCCUUAGUUCUUCAUCUAUAGCCUACUUCCAUUUAUGAUCAGUGAUAGCUUCUUAAAAACUAUUAGGAAUUUUCACUUGUUCAACAUUCACCACAGAUGUUUUCAUAUGGGGAGAAAGUUUCUUAUAGGAAACAUGCCUUGCAAUGAGAUGUUGGGUACAACUCCUCUUCCCUUUUCUAAGAGCAAUAGGCCAUUAUAGGUCUUCAAAACUUACCUCAAGUGUGAAGUCAUGGCUUUGCAUCGGAAUAGAAAUGAGUUCAGCUCUUUCUCUGUUAUGGUUCUGUUCGCUGGCAUGAUUAGGUUCCUCCACCCUAGUUUCGAGGUCAUCAAGGAACAGGCUAAGAGGUUCAAAAGGAUUAAUAUCCUGAAAAUCUGAUCUGUUUUGGGAAUUUCCAGAAUUUUUAGAGUCUGUUUAGUGAGGAUAUGAACUGAUUCUUGGUGAAACAUUAGUAUAUUAAGGUAAGGCUGUAGAAUCAAAGAAGUCAGUAUGUUCAAAGGUGUCAUCUAGUGAUAUAUGGGGAACAUCCUGUUUCUGUCCAAAUUUGGAAUAUUUAUGAUGAUCAUUACAAAUCAGCCAUUUAUUCUCAGUAUUCUCCCCCUGAAUGGGUGAUUUGGAGUAAUAAGGUUUUUUUUUUUUCAAGGAAGUGAACAUUCAUGGUCACAUAUACUUUAUUGGUGAUAGAAAAAAAACAUUUAUACCCGUUUUAUGGCUGAAGUAUCCAAUUUUCCUACUCCUUCAUUAUAAACAAAAGCUGUGCACCCAAAAAUCUUUUGAGGGAUGUUGGUAGUAAGAGGAGAGUUAGGAAAAUAUUCAGAAAACUUUUGAAAGGGUGUGGCAAAAUUUAAAGUUUUGGAGGGUAAGCGAUUUAUGAGAUAAGUAGAUGUAAGAAUAGCAUCCCGUCAAAAUUUGUUUGGAACAUUACUUUCAAACAUAAUAGCUUUAGCUACUUUAAGUAAAUGUCUGUUUUUUCUUUCAGACACACCAUUUUGUUGAGGUGAGUAAACACAAGAUUUUUGAUGAUGUAUGCCUUUUUCUUUCAAAAAAUUUUGAAAAUUCAGAUUCACAUAUUCCCUCCCAGUGUCACUUCGAAGAAUUUUUAUGGAAGUCUGAAACUGAUUUUGAACAAAGGCGUAGAAGUUUUUGAAGAUAUUGAAAAUUUUUGAUUGUUCUUUCAUUAGAAAUACCUAAGUCAAGCGAGAACGAUCAUCAAUAAAUGUUACAAACCAUCUUGUUUUAGAAUUUGUUUCAAAUUUGGAUGGACCCUAAACAUCACUGUGGAUGAGAGCAAAAGGGUGACUUGGUGUAUAUUUGUGGGAUGGAUUAGAAUUUCGAACUUGUUUAGCAAAAUGGCAAGUCUCAAUGAAAUUUAGAAACUGACUUUUUAUUGAUAUUUGGAAAUAAAAGUUGCAAAUAAUGUGGACUAGGGUGGCCUAACCUAGAGUGCCAUAACAUCAAGUCUUCGUGAGACAUAACAGGAAAAAAACCAUAACUUUUAUUUGAUGGAGAUUCAUGGAUAUAGUAGAGCCCCUUCCUCUCCUUAGCAUUGCCAAUCAUCCUCCCCAAGGCCCAAGUCCUGAAAAUCACACCCAUUUUUGUCAAAAAUAGCACGACAGUUUAAUUAAGAUGCCACACAUUUUACAGACAGUAAGCUGCACUUAAUCUCAGGUACAUAUAACACAUCCUUCAACACAAUAUUUUCAGAGGUUUUCAUAGUACUAGAUCCUAAUACUUCAGCAUACUGUCCAUUUGCAACUUCAACAGUCUCAUGCUUAGAAAAUUCACUAAAUUCAGAAAACAGAUUCCUAAAACCUAUUACAUGAUCAAAUGCCCUAGAAUCAAUGAUCAAAAUAUUGUUGGAUUUUUUUAUGCUAUUAAGAGUUUGAGUAAAAGCUGUACCUGCUUGUGCCAUAGUCACAAAAGGAGUAUUAUUCUCACGUAUUUUUGCAGAUGCAGAAUGUUUCUCCAGAACUUUCCUUAAGACUAGUAGCUCUUUAGUACUUAAUCCCCCAGUUUCAGCAUUUGUUGUGGUUACUGACAGUCCCUUGCCUUUCUAUUUGAAAUUCUGAGGCUUGCCAUGUGUCCGUUUUUAUUGCAGUGAUCAUACCUACCAGAAUUCUUCCCCUUCAUAUCUCCUUAAUUUCAUUUGACAGCAAGUGCAGAACCUUCGAGUGAAGUAGACGAAGGCUUAGAAUGUCCUUGAGUCAAAAUCUCUCGACUUCCUUCACAUUUGAGCAUGUUAAAGGCAUCUUCUAGUGAUGGAAGAGGCCUCAUGCCCAUUAUACAUCCUUGAACAUCCUUAAAGGAGUCAUUGAGGCCAAGUAGAAACUUAUAGCACCUUUCUUGAUCAACAAUCUUUCUGUAGUAUUCCCUAUCUUUCUGACAAGUCCAUUUAUAGACCUCGUAAAUAUCUAUUUGUUGCCAUAGCCUCAUGAGAGCACUGUAAUAUUGAGUGACAAAGUGCUCUCCUUGCAAGAGAUUUCAAAGUAAUCGCUUCACUUGAAAAAUGGCAGCUGUGUUCUCCUUGACUAAGUAGGUGCGCUUCACAGAUUCCUAUAUUUCUUUGGUUGUAGUUGCCAAUAGGUAAUUUUUGCCAAUCUCGAUAGUCAUAGAAUUCAUGAGCUAGGCCAUAACCAUAUUGUUUUUUGCCUACCAGGACUCAAACGUUGCAUUUGUAAUUGCUAGAGGAUUCUCUAUGAG